AUGACUGUUGGGGAAUAUGCAGCUAAGUUCCAAAAGCUGAUGAAGUACUGGCCUCAUUAUCAGCAUGGUGAUGGAGAGGAGGAUCUGUGUACUCAGUUUGAGCAUGGAUUGAGGCCAGACAUUCGAGCUGUGGUCAGUAUGUUUCAGCUGACAGACUUGCCCACCAUGGUGAGCAAAAGCAGAAUUUUUGAAGCUAACUCAAGAGGGAAGACGGUGGACACUAGGUGUGGAGGGCCAUACAUGGUGAAGGACUGCCCACAGUCGAGGAUAACUUGCAACAACUGUGGGAAGUUGAGGCACAUUGCUAAUAAGUGCUGGGCCGCUAAGAGAAACGGUAGUGCAAGUGUAGCCCAGAGGCCAGAAUCGAGAGGAAGUACGGGGCCAAGUACGGGGCAGAAGCCGAGCAUUCCUGGUAGAGUCUUUGCUAUGAGUGAGGCAGAGGCUUCACAGUCAGAAGAGCUGAUUCGAGGUAAAUGCAUUAUUAAGGGUCGAUUGCUUGAUGUGCUGUUUGAUUCGAGUGCUACGCACUCUUUUAUAUCUGUGGACUGUAUGAAGAGUCUGGGCUUGUAUGUGACUGAAUUGCCAUGUAAUGUUAUGGCAACUACCCCUACGGGUAAGCCAAUUGUGAUGUCAUGGGGAGAAGACUUUGAUCUUCGGUGUGAAAAUGGCAGAGGUUCCAAGGCUUAUGAGCUAGGGAGCGUGGGAGAACACGGUAAACGCCAAGGCUUUCAUGGUUAUGUUCUCAAUGGAAACCGAAAAGUGUGGUGGAACCAGACUAUAUUCCAGUGGUAA